UGGUUCCGCGUGUGAAGAAAUGUCAGAAACAUGACUGAAUUACUCGCUUCAUUUUUAAAGGCACAAGCAGAUUGCUUCCUGCUCCAAAGGACGCUUUUAGCAACAGCGUCCAGUGGGAGCGUUGACCCGCUCACCCCCCCUGUACGCUGGCCUAGCUUUCUGCUCCCACGUCCGCGCCGCUUGUUAUGAGAAUCUAUAUGAGGGCGUCUCAUCUGAGCCAUCAAGCACCAGCGCUAUAGAGAAUUUGUCUCUCAGCGAGUCAUUGCUUUUUUUUUUUUUUUUCCUCCCCCUUAUGUUGACGACUGGAACGGCCCAACGCAUGGCACCCGACAGCCCGAUGAGAAGCCAAGACGAGAUGAACGAAAGCUUGAAUGGGAAUGUCGGGGAACCGCCACCCAGACUCAUACCGGUCUCAGGAAAACUGGAAAAGAACAUGGAGAAAUCAGUGCUGCGGCCAACCGCCUUCAAACCUGUGGUCCCUAAGAGCCGUGACGCCAUGCAGUACCUGUCCCCGCGACACAGCGCCAACGCACCAGAGAUCCAAAAUGCCCACCGGGAGCUGUCGCCCUCCGGCUCGGAGAGACUCAGCUCGUACAGCGCCGGGCGGAGCGGCGGCGGCGGGAGCAGCGGCCACUCUUGCUCACUGUCCGACUCGGAACGCAACUCGCUCUCCAGUCUGGCGGGGGGCCACUCAGAAGCGCCCAAAAGCGCCCCCUCUGCGGUCGUCUACGGACACUCGGACAGCGGCCGCUCGUCCUCCAGCAAGAGCCCCGGCUCCGGCUCGGUCAGCGGGCAAAGUCAGCCUCGGUCGGACUGCGGGUCCGGCGGGCGCUCGCCGGGAAUGGCGGACAGCUACGAGGGCGUGGUCAGGGACUUGGAGGACAAGCUGAGGGAGCGUGAGGCGGAGCUCCAGCUACUCCGAGACAAUCUGAAUGACAAUGAGGCUGCCAUCUGUCAGGCCUACGAGGAGAAGCACAAGCAAUUUGAGCUGGAGCUAGAGGAGCUGCGGCAGGGCUGCGCCACCAGGAUGCAGGCCACCUCCCACAAAGCCCAGCGAGCCCAACAGGUGCUUCAGAUGCAGGUUCAUCAGCUCCAGCUGGAGAAGAAGAAGCUUCAGGAAGACUUUGCGCAGCUCCUCAAGGAACGUGAGCAGCUGGAGGAGCGCUGCACCUCUUACGAACACGACAAGAUUCAGAUGGUUCCGAGACUGGAGGAGACCAAAUGGGAGGUGUGCCAGAAGUCUGGCGAGAUUUCCCUGUUGAAGCAGCAGCUGAAGGAGGCGCAGGUCGAGCUGGCCGGGCGCGUGAGUGAGACCGGGUCGCUGCGUGGGCAACUGCGGGACGCCCGCGCCGAGCUGAGCAACGCCCAGGCCCUCCUGCAGGAGGCCGGCGUCACCGCCCGCGCCCGCGCCGCCGAGCUGGAAGUGUGCGAGAACGAGCUGCAGCGGCGCAAAAGCGAGGCCGAGUUGCUGCGGGAGAAGUCGGCGCGUUUGGAGGACGAGCUGGCGCGCCUGCGGGAGCCGGAUAAAGAGCGGGUCGUACUCCGGGAGAUGGUCGGGCGUAUACGUGGGGACUUGGCUUGGGAAAGGCAGCGGGCCGAGAGGCAGGCGGGCGCUUUCGAGGAGGAGCGGCGGACGUGGCAGGAAGAGAAGGACAAAGUGCUGCGCUACCAGCAGCAUCUGCAGGAGAACUAUCUGACCAUGUACCAACGCAACCGCCAGCAGGAGCUCCUCCUGAGGGACCUCAGACAGAAGCUGGAGAGCCAAGAGGAGAGCCAAGAGGAGAGCCAAGAGGAGAGCCAAGAGGAGAGCCAAGAGGAGAUCCAAGAGGAGAGCCAAGAGGAGAGCCAAGAGGAGAGCCAAGAGGAGAGCCAAGACUGUGACUACGAUGACAGCAGCGGCAAUGAAAUCGUCUGAUGAGGUUGCCGCCACUGACAUUUAAUUUUUUUUUUUCUCACGGGUGGGAGCUUGUCUUGCUUUCCAGACGGCUUGGAAGUAAGAAGUUCAAAAUGUUACUCUGAAAGUAAUGAAUGGUGAGGAUAGCAGCCAGUUUAAAAAAAAACAAAUUUACUACUGUCUCAUGUGCUACAGUUCUUGAAUAGAGUAACACGUCAAUAUGCGCUCGAACAGCACCACACUGUGGGCAUAUGCUCCACUACAGGGGUGGGCAAACUAUGGCUCGGGGACCACAUAUUUUCUUAAAUUUAAUUAAUUUAAACAAAGUUCGUUUAAAUAAAAAAAAAAUCUAACAAUGAAUUAAUAAGACAUCUUAAUAUAAAAUCUAUAUUUUUGUAAAUAAUUGCAUAAUUAUAUAAUUUUAAACAUACAUAAAUAUAGAAAACAAUUAAAAAUACAACAGUAAUACAUUAUAAUUAUAUAAUAAAAAGUAGGGUGAGUAUUAGAUUGUUUUAACUUGAAUGUUUUGGAAUAAAGUAGUUACAUACUGUACAAUUUCAAUCAGAGAAUUUUAUUUGUUUUAAAUAAACUCUGAAAUAGUUGUUUAAUUUCUCAAUCAAAUUGUGAAUUCUUGUAUUCAAAUAAUCAAAUUUGCGUGCACAUUCUAAUUUACAUUAUUUUCAAAUGACCUGGCCCCAUCUCUCAAAAGAAAAUUGACUAGGGCCUUUUAAGUAUCAAUUUUCGCCCACCCCUGCCCUCCAAGAUUCAUUGAUAUGGCUAAACCUUUUCAGCACAUGUGAGCAAUUAACAUUCUUUCACCAGGGCCCCAAGAGAAAGCACUUCUUUUUUUUUUUUUAAACUUUAAGCAACUUGGGGCUGUUUUGUUACUGUAAACAAAUCUGUGUGUACUGGUCACUGUGAAUAGACCAAAAAAAUGUUUUCGCUAGGCCUUGUUUCAUAUUCGAUGUUUGUCGGGCUUCCACGGCACAUAUGGAGAAAUUACAAAUGUAUAUUUUCACCUUGCAGUACAUUUUGUGUUUUUAUUAAAAGUUACACUGAAUGGUUAAA